AUGUCAUUGCAUACAUCUCCUGAAUCAGAAAAUGAAAGUCCUAUCAAAAAGAGAAAAUUGAAUUCGACAGAGUCACAGGCAACAAUUAGUGGUGCUCCACAAGACGAAGACGAAGACCAAGGGGGAAGGGAACAGACUCCAGAAAGGAUUUCUUUGAACAAGCAAAAUUUGACAAGUGAUCACACGAUCUUAAAACCUAGUAUACAAGACAUAAAUGUUGUGAAAAAAGAAGUGCUUAAACAGCUCAAUGGACAUUUUGUUAACCUAGCAGAUGCACAUUCUUUAUUAGACAAGUACCAGGAAGUUUAUACAAUUUUUGAACGUACUAUUAAAGAUAGAGAGAGUCAUUCUGUAAUCUUAGUUGGUCCCAGAUCUACUGGGAAAACAUCUAUUGUUAAAUAUGCACUAGCAAAGCUCAAUCUGCAAUUCAAGAACGAGUUUAUUGCAAUUAAUUUAAACUCCUCAGUAUAUACAGAUGACAAUUACGCGUUGAGAGAAAUUGCAAGACAAUUGGACAUAAAGGUAAAGGAAGACGAUGAAGAUGAAACCACCGAUGCACAAGAAGGCCAAGAAGAAACAGAAGAAAGUGACAACAGAAAGAACGAUGCAACAGUCUCUUCCGAUACUGCUGCUGAUGACAACGCCUUUUCACGUUUUGAGAAGAAAUCUAUCAAUGAAACAUUUGCCAACAUUCUAAGUGUGUUGAAUAGUGAACACGAAGGUGACGUGACCAAGAUGCCGUUAAUUUUUGUGAUUGAUGAGUUUGAGAAGUUUACAACCAGUACUAGGCAAACUCUUUUGUAUAAUUUGUUGGAUUUGUCUCAGAAUAGUGAUACCCCAAUAUGUGUGAUUGGUAUAACCACAAAGAUGACGACCAAAGAAUCCUUGGAAAAGAGAGUAAACAGUCGAUUCUCACAACGAGUAAUCAGUAUCCUCCAGGAAACUACAUUGGAUGGCUUCUGGAACAAUGCCAAGAAUGGACUUCUAUUGAAUAGUGCUGUCUGUAAAAGGUUGCAAGACCCUCGUUUUGGCGAACAGUGGAAUUCGCAUGUGGAAAACUUAUAUUCAAAGGAAGAUAGCUUGCUAAAGAGGUUGGUAACUCGAAACUUCUAUACCAUUAAAGAUUAUAAGAGUUUUAACAAUAUUUGCAAGUUUCCCGUAUCGAUGUUGUCUCUCGACCAGCCUUUUUUAGUAGAAGAGAAUUUCAAAGUCAAUAGUAUGAAUCAUGAAGAGAUUCAAAAUCAAAUGGGUUCUUUAUCAGACUUGGAAAUGCUUUUGGUCAUUGCUGCUGCUAGGUGGAUAGAAAAGUUUGAAAUACAGACCAUCAACUUUAAUUUAGCAUACAAGGAAUACCAAGACAUGGUCAAAGAAUACAACGUGGGCCAAGCAUCAGUAUCACUGGAGAACAGGACCACAAGUAAUAUUAGAGUCAAUCAAAAGGUAUGGUCCCAAAAGGUAUUACUCAAUAGCUGGGGUUCAUUGUACAAGAUUGGUGUGCUUUUGGACCCAAGAAAUGAUUCCGCAGAGAAUAGAAACAAGACUUAUAGUUACAAUAUCAACAAGAAUUUGAUUAUAGAGGAGAACCAAAUGCUUCUACUAGACAUUACCCUUGAUGAAUUGAGCAGUUUCAUUGAUGACAAACAUAAUUUCAAGAAGUUUGUCAGAUUAUAA